AUGGCUGGAGUGGCACAACCCCAUGCUCAGCAGCAAGAAGAUCAAAGCCUCUCGAUCCCCGAGGAGAUGUCACCUGCUUUUUGCUAUUUCAAGCGCCUGCCCAUUGAGCUUCGACUCAAGAUCUGGGAAGCCGCAUGCCUCCCUUCCACCGACGCCGACCACGGCCUUCACUAUGUCACCUUGGACGUCGUAGAGGAGGGUAAGGAGGGUGUGGAGGACAUGGAUGACGAAGAAUAUCUCGAGAACCUAGUCAUCUUUGAUGCCGACCUCGAGGGCUAUGAUGAAGAGUUUGAGGUCGAAAGUGAUGAUACUGGUUAUGUCACGCUGAGAGCCCUCAAGCGACCCUGUGAGAAGUCCUCCGAGACAACAAACCCCAACAAGUCCGCCUAUCUCUGGGAUGCAGGUCUUUGCAAAGACUUUCCUUCGACUAUUGUUCCUUUCAAGAAGAACGAGAAAUGGCUCCCAGUGGUGAGGCCUACUCAUGACAUCUUCUGUAUCGACACCACAAAGCUCAAAUCCUUGUCACGAAGCCUUUUCGGCAUGAAGCUACUGGCGCCAUUCCUCGGCACACGAACAUUCACGAUCAAGGAACGCUGGAACAUCGCUUUCAAGUUCGACCACAGUUGGAACAAUGUCUUUCCAUCUAGAGAGAACAGACUGAAGCGAGAGAACUCCCCGCGAGGUCUUCUUGCGCACUGGGUCGAGAUUCUCUCUGAAGAGUCCGUUCCUGCGCCUAAUCUCUGGAUCAUUGAUGACGACGUUCGCUGGGUUGCACGACCUGGUCAGGUGUUUGAGACGGUUUAUCGCGAUUGUGAAGCGGACUACGUCCAGAUAAACUGGGAAGCCACUCGCGACAACAAGAUCAGCCUGCUCAAGGGCGCCGUGGCCAGAUUCAUGGAUUCGUUCGGACUGGUAUGUGACAACGAAGACAUGUAUGACCUUCAAGAGCUGGGUUUGGAACCCAUGGCGUUCAGAGUGAAGGACCAUAUCAAACUUCUUGUUCGCAAGGACAAUGAAAUGCAAGAUUACAUGGAGGAGGACAACGAAACUGACAACGAAACUGAGGAUGAUACCGAGAUCGAGUUUGAGUACGAAAGCGAUGAUCUGAGUGGUGGGAGUGACGGCAGUGAUCAGGAAGGCGAGUAA